AUGGGCGGCCGCGGACAGCACCCUGGCGCUCUGGCACUCUGCUGGCCAACAACAUCCCUGCCCAGACCUCCCGCACCGCCAAGAAUAUGGGCAAUGUUUGAGCUGCAGAGCAGCAGCUCUGUCGUGGCACCUUGCGCUACAUCGGGUAGCAAAGUCAACCUGGCGUCCGAGAGCUUUGGCCAUGGUCCCGUCUGCUGUCGCAUCUUGGUAAUCUCUUUUUCGUCUGACCCAGCCCUACAGCCCGAGAUCAAGUACCGACCGACGCUCUGGGUCAGGCAGACAGGCAGGCCGACUACCUUGAUGAACCGGUGUAAUCCUGACGCUGCUCGAGACACCCAUCCGGGACUGGCCAGUCGACUACUACCAAUCCAAUGCUCGCUGAGCGACGACCAGCUGCAGGGCCUCCGGCAGGAGCAGAAGGGCUGCAGCAGCGCCAAUGAGCUGUUUCUCGAAUCUGCAAGAGCCAUGAUUGCCGAGUAUUCAGUACCUGCGCAGCCCCGGCCAAAGCCUGUCAGGGCUGAGUAA